GGAGUUAGAGCGGCAGGAGCCCGAGGAUUGAAGGCUGUUGCUUCACGGUGCUGAACUGGGCAGGGUUCGGGCGCCUGAGUCUCGACUAGUCUCUCUUGCCACUUCCGGACUACCAGCCCCUUCCACGGUCUAAUGGUCGCUUUGCUGACAGGCGCAACUUCAGGGCUGAAAGUGAAAGGAGGUGGAGCUGACCGCGGUGCUGAACGUUUUCAGGCCGCCAGCACCUCGGGUGCUCUCCAUUGUGCUAAAACCGUACGGCCAGCAGUGGGUGAAACAUCGGAAACCGCGGCGGAGGAGCUGUCCCCGGUGCUGAAGGUGGUUCUGGCUGGGGACUGUCCUUCCAGCCGGCACCAAGGUCUUCACUCAAAACUUGCCGCUUGCCCCAGAAGAUCACCAGACGAUGGAACCAAGGCUAGAGUUCCAGAGUGCCCCUGAUGGGGAUGUCUAUUGCCCAGACAGUGCUUACGGAUCUUCUGUGAUGGACACGGACACGGAAGAGAACCACACGCCGUCCUCCAGCAACGUUAAUAAUUACAACGAGGAGCUGAUGCAUAAGACUAUACUGGUCGGGGACAGUGGAGUGGGGAAGACCUCGUUGCUGGUGCAGUUUGACCAAGGAAAGUUCAUCCCGGGAUCAUUCUCUGCUACAGUGGGAAUCGGCUUCACAAAUAAGGUGGUGGUUGUGGAUGGGGUCAAGGUCAAGUUACAGAUCUGGGACACGGCAGGACAGGAGCGAUUCCGCAGUGUCACCCACGCCUACUACCGCGAUGCACAAGCGCUCCUGCUGCUGUACGACAUCACAAGCAAAUCAUCGUUUGACAACAUCAGGGCCUGGUUAACAGAAGUACAUGAAUAUGCACAACAGGAUGUGGUCAUCAUGUUGCUUGGUAACAAGGCUGACAUAACAGGUGAGAGGGCCAUCAAGAGAGAAGAAGGAGAGAGACUUGCCAGGGAAUAUGGCGUUCCUUUCAUAGAGACCAGUGCCAAAACUGGCAUCAAUGUUGAACUAGCAUUUCUUGCCGUAGCAAAGGAACUGAAGCAGAGAUCUGCCAAUCAACCCAAUGAGCCCAAGUUCCGAAUCCACGAGUACAUCGAAUCUCAGAGGGAAAAGUCAAGAUGCUGUGGGUUUGAAUAAGUGGCUGACCUGGUUGGAGGACUCAGGGUGUGGAGCAGUAAUCAGCUUCACCAACUGACUGUGAAACGUGCACCAUUUGUAAACCACCAGUCACUCUCAGCUUGGUGUUUAACUUAACCGCCCUGCACCCACCCAUGCCCUUACCCAUUAUAUAUUACCUCCUUAUCUGCUCUGUGCCCAUACCGCCCCUUUAGCCACAAAGGCCUGGGCUAACUCAGCAGCUCAGGCAGCAUGCCUGGAGAACAUGGCCAGGGGACAUUUCGGGUUGGGAUCCAUCUUCAGAUCCUGAUCUGAAAAGUCAGUUAUCCACGUUCUCCAGAAAUGCUCCAGCCCUUUGUGUCCUUUUUUGAAAACUAGCAUCUGCAGUUCCUGGUUUCUCCAUGUCCUUAGCCAUUUGGUAUUCCUUCCAUAGCCAUCCUCUGAAUCAUCCCAACCCUUACCCAUCCAAUACCUUCCUCAUACGUAUCACCCUUACGUUUACUGACCUAAAGCUUCCAGUCUACAAACACUUGUUUCCCUGACAUCCCUCCUCCCCACUUCUGUAACUCCUUCAGCUUGAACAGCUUUAACGCCCCCAAGAUACAACUUCCCUCAAAAUCUAUCCUCGGGCUAUUCUCAUUGUAUUUUAGCUGUGCAGACCCAAAACUCUGGAGUUCUCUCCUCACCAGCAGGUGUCCACUCAAUGGCCAAGCACAUUGUGUGUCCGGAAUAUCAUUAGGAAGUGGGAAUAGGCUGGGAAUGUUCAGGUCUGUGCCAACCCGUCAGUCAUUCAUCCCCCUGCUAUGAAUGGACCUCGACCCUUCAACCCAACAACUCACUUUGAAGCAACUAAAUACACAGGGACCUAUGGGCAGCACCUCCUCCUCUCAUGUGACCUGGGCUGGAGCAGCUUUUAGGCACUGAUCGCAAACUUGAUCUUGAGAGGAAUAGAUCGGGUAGAUGCACAGUCUCUGGCCCAAAGCAGGUGAAUCAAGAAUCACAGGACAUAGGUUUACGGUGAGGGGGGAAAGAGUUAAUAAGAACCUGAUGGGUAGCCUUUUCACACAAAGGGUGCAGGGUGUGUGGAACGAGCUGCCGGAGGAGGUAGUUGACGCAGGUGCUAUCACAAUGUUUAAGAAACAUUUGGACAGGUGCAUGGAUAAGACAGGUUUGAGGGAUAUGGGCCAAACGCAGGCAGGUGGGAUUAAUGUAAAUGGGCCAUGUUGGUUGGUGUGGGCAAAUUGGGCUGAAGGGCCUGUUUCCACACUGUAUGACUAUAACGAUGCAUUCAGCGGUAGAUAGAUUAGAUUAGAUAGAGGCUGGGUUACUGGCUCACCAGAAUAACUCCAGAGACAGAGGGUUAAUUAUGAAGACCUAUGAAGCAAGAUUGCUUUCCGCUGAGUGCAAAAGACCGGAAUCUGAGAGUUUGAUGAUUGUGAGAUGGUAGGUUAAAAUCUAGUUGUUCAUGUCAGCAACGACUUCACCACACAGAGGGGACUGGAAUUCCAGGAUGGGAAUCAAGUGGGAAUUUUAAAACAGAGAUCUAUUUUUAUGUUGUGAUGAAAACCAAUUGGUUCUAAUGAAUUUAGGAUGCACAUCAGCUAAUUGAAAGGCAGAAUAGGCCUGAGGGGCUGAAUGGCCUCGUCCUGCUCCCAUCUAACUUAUCAGUACAUCUAGUCUCAUCUACUUCAGGUGUGAACACAGCAUGAGUGCAGGCCCUUCAUCCACGCACCCAGACAGUGGGAGGAGGGGACUGUACUGCCCCUGCCCCUGCCCCGUAUAAGGAGCCCGAACACAGAUGCUGUUCAACCAACAUUAGACCCGACUCCUUUCCAAUUGCAUUGACCACCACAGAUCCUGCUCAGCUGCAAUGUGUAUGAUCUCUGCACAGCCUUCAAUUAAAUGAACAACGCCCAGCUUCAGUGUGGAAACAAGAGCUGCAGAUGCCAAUUUACACAAAGGGACACAAAGUACUGGAUGAACUCAGCGGGUCAGGCAGCAAGUCUGGAGAACAUGGAUAGGUGACGUUUCGGGUCAGAACCCUUCUUCAGACUCAGUGGACGGGUGCUGACUGAAAGGUCACCUAUCCAUGUUCUCCAGAGAUGCCGCCUGACCUGCUGAGUUACCCCAGCAUUUAAUGUCCAGCUUCACCUCCUCACCAGGUAACAGUUUCUUCAGGCUCUUUGCUCCAAACUCUCUAUCAUGCCACCAAUGUAUAUUUCUGCUUUUAAGCAUGAUUUAAACUGAAGUUUCAUCCCAAUGGUCACCAGCGGCUCAAUUCGUUUGACAACAUCUAGAGAAAUUAUAAAAUGCCUUUUUAACCACGAGGUGAAAUUAUUGUAUAUAAAAUGCUCUUUGCUUGGUACUGGGCAAUGAGAUUGUUGUUCUGAUGUUUAAACUGGGAAUGCAUUUGUUUUACAUGUAAGUUUCUUCAGUCAUGUAGCUUAUGGGAAAAAAUGGUGCCUACAACAGGAAGUGAAGUAACAGUAUUUCCUGGAAAGUGUCCUUUGACCUCUUGCUGAAAGUGGCGAUGCCUUUCAUCACAAAAUGCUAAUGUAAUGUUGGCAUCUCCGCCAGAGUGCCCCAGAUGCCUUGCACCUUGCCAUUAAUCAUGCUCUUGUGUUAGAUUUGCACCAUGCCCCCCUUUCCCCAGGGUGCGUGUUGAUAUCCUGUGACAAUGUUGUGUGAGAGGCACACGAGACAAGAUGGUGACAGAAGGAACUGCAGAUGCUGGAGUCUUGUGCAAAAACACACAAAGGUGUUGGAGGAACUCAGCGGGUCAGGCAGCAUCUGUGGAGGGAAUGGGCAGAGGAAGAGAUGGUGUCUUUACUUUCCACAGGGCAGAAGGUGCAACAGCAGACCCAUGUGAGCAGGGGCGACAGGGAGAUGACUUCUCACAGAGUGAGUUGCCCUUGUGUGGAAGGUGCAGGGGGCUCAUUAGUAUGUUUGGAGGUGGGCUGGAUUGUAGUUCUUUUGGAAGAACCGACAUAAGCACUGAUGCAGUGUUUGUGUCUCUAAGGUAAUUCUGGAUAGAAUGCUAGUCUAGUACCGAGCCUAGGAUUCAACAGUGUAAUACUUGCAUGGGACAGGUUUCCUCGUGCAAAGUUUGGAGAUGUUCUGGAGAAAAGGGCAGCAUUGCUGCCUUACAGCGCCAGAGACCCGGGUUCAAUCCUGACUACGGAUGCUGUUUGUGCAGAAUUUGAAUGUUCUCUCUGUGACCAAGUGGGUUUUCUCCAGGUGCUCCAGUUUCCUCCCACACUCCAAAAACAUGCAGGUUUGUAGGUGAUUUGGCUUGGUAAACUUGUAAAUUGUCCCGAG